AUGAAGUCCCUCAUUCUCACUUCUCUUCUGCUGUCCUCGGCGUCUGCCGCAGCCGUCAACAAGAAGGUCAGCUAUGACGGAUUCAAGGUCUUCCGUGUCUCCGCUGGCGACAACCUGGCCGCGGUCGAAGACACUGUCACGGCUCUCGGCCUCGACAAGUGGAUCGAUGGUGCUGAGAACACCGGACAUCUCGAUGUCGUAGUUGCACCGAAGCAGCUCCAGGCUUUCGAGGAGGCGGGCCUCAAUUCUACGGUCAUGCAUGAUGACUUGGGCGUCUCUAUUGCGGCGCAAGAACAGGUUUCAGCUUUUGCUGCCGCCGAUAUCACCUUCUUCAACUCCUACCAUCCGUACGCCGAGCAUGUGCAGUUCAUGCGUGAUCUGGUAGCGAAGUACCCCAACAAUGCCGAGAUCGUCACCUCCGGCACCACGGUCCAGGGCCGCCCCAUUACCGGUAUUCAUAUCUGGGGUGCCGGCGGCAAGGGGACGAAGAAAGCUGUGGUCUUCCACUCGACCGUCCAUGCACGCGAGUGGAUCACUACCAUGGUCAGCCAGUACACGGCAUACUUCAUGCUCUCCUCGUAUGCCACCGAUGCUAGUGUCAAGGCAUUCGUCGACAAAUACGACUACUACAUCUUCCCGGUUGUGAACCCAGAUGGCUUCGUCUACUCCCAAACCACCGACCGCCUCUGGCGCAAGAACCGCGCCACCAACGCCGGCAGCUCCUGCAUCGGUACAGACGUGAACCGCAACUGGCCCUACCAAUGGGUCGGCAGCGGGUCCUCCACAAACCCGUGCUCCGAGUCCUUCCGAGGGCCCUCCCAAGGCUCCUCCCCCGAGGUCAAGGGCCUCUACGGCUACCUGAACCGCCUGCGCGACACCACCGGCAUCAAGAUGUACAUCGACUGGCACGCGUACUCGCAGCUCUUCAUGACGCCCUACGGCUACAGCUGCACGACCGUCUCCGCCAAGAACACGGAACUGCAGUCCCUGGCGCGCGGCUUUGCGACGGCGGCGCAGGCGCUGUAUGGCACGCCGUUCAAGACGGGCCCGAUUUGCAAUACCAUCUAUCCGGUUAAUGGCGACAGUGUGGACUAUGCGAAUGAUGUUAGCAGGGCUGAGUAUACGUUUACGGCUGAGCUGAGGGAUACGGGCACUUAUGGGUUUGUGCUGCCGCCGAAUCAGAUCGUGCCCAGUGUUAGGGAGGCGUGGGCUGGGACUGCGUACUUGUUGACCAACCUUCGGUAA